AUUCAGUGAUCAAGAUGGCGAGUUCCAUGACGAAGAUUUUCCGGUCUGCUGUAAAGCUAUCCAAGCACCACAAUUAUGGCGCUCAGCGAUGCUUCUCUGCUACAGCUGUUACGAACCAGUCUGAUGAUAUAAAGACAGUCACUCUAAUUCCUGGAGAUGGUGUGGGACCUGAACUCAUGCAGUCAGUGAAAGAGGUCUUCAAAGCCGGUGGUGUGCCUGUGCAGUUUGAUGAAAUCUUUAUCAGUGAGGUGAUGGACCAUCAACAUGCCGGCGUUGAUGAAGUGGUGGAAUCCCUGAAGAAGAACCAUGUGGCCCUCAAGGGAAUCAUCCACACACCUACUGGUGGCACAGGACAACUCCAGACACUCAACAUGAAAAUGAGGAACGAACUGGACCUGUUUGCAAAUGUUGUCCGCUGCCGUACGAUCCCCGGUGUGAAGACCAGACACUCCAACCUGGACUUUGUGGUCAUCAGGGAACAGACAGAAGGAGAGUACAGUGCACUUGAACAUGAGAGCGUACCCGGAGUUGUAGAAUGUUUGAAGAUCAUCACCAGGGCCAAGUCAGAAAGGAUUGCCAAGUUUGCCUUUGACUAUGCCACUAAACAUGGUAGGAAGAAGGUCACUGCAGUACACAAGGCCAACAUCAUGAAGCUGAGUGAUGGGCUGUUCCUGGAGAGCUGUCGUCAGAUGUCUACCCUCUACCCCAAGAUCGAGUUUGAGGCCAUGAUCGUUGACAACACCUGCAUGCAGCUCGUCUCCAACCCUCAUCAGUUUGAUGUCAUGGUCACGCCCAAUCUCUAUGGCAACAUCGUCGACAACCUUGCCGCAGGUCUAGUGGGCGGGGCUGGAGUGGUCCCUGGAGAAAACUUCUCGAAAGACUAUGCAAUCUUCGAACCAGGAGCACGCCACACCUUCUCCCAGGCCCAGGGUCGAAGUAUUGCCAACCCUACCUGUAUGCUGCUGACUGCUGCUAACAUGCUCCAACAUCUCAACCUUGAGGUGUAUGCCAAGACCAUAACCGAUUCAGUUGAAAGGGUCAUCAAGGCAGGAAAGGUUCGAACUCAAGAUCUCGGUGGCUAUGCAACAACCCAUGAAUUCACAAGUGCAGUCGUCAACAACAUGAGAUAGACAAUCAUUUUUUCUUGCCAUUUUCUUCGGAGACUGAGAGGACUCACAGGUUGUUGUGAUGAACAUGUAUAUCAAUAUUUAUUUCAAUAUGAAAAAUUCAUUUUAUUGUUACUAAAGAGAAUUAUAUCAUAUUGA